AUGGUAUGUGACCGAUCCUUAUCUAUUUCCAGCCUCUUUUUCAUAAUCUAUCGACUUCUUCGGCUUCAUUGGGAUGAAAUAGCUGCUCGUAAACGCACAGAAGCACUGCUAGCAAUGGCAGAAGAUGACCAGAGAGACGGUCUUCGAGAUGCUCAGUGUUCGUUCGAAUUUAGUUUGCGGGUUUUAGCGGUAAUGUCUAUCACAACACUUCGUGUUAUAACAGAAUUUGCAGUUACCGGUGGUCGACGACGCAACGUCCGUCGACGGUUACAACACCAAACCGAUGACUUUGAACUCAUUGAACGAGAAGAACGUAAAAGAAGAGAGAAGGAGAAGGAAGAAAAACUCGAGAGAGAAAGGGAAAGGGAACUCGAAGAAGAGAAGUUGGAACAGGAGCGGUUGGCCAAGGAAAAAGAAGCACGCGAAAAGAGAGAACUCGAAGAAUACCUGGCGUUGAAAUCCUCGUUCGCCGUGGAAGAGGAGGGUUUCGAUCAAAUUGAAGAAGAGGAAUCAAACAACCUCAUGGAACAAUUUGCUGAAUAUGUGAAAACGAGCAAGAUUGUUAAUAUGGAUGAACUUGCUGCACAUUUUGGACUUAAAUCGGAUGAAGCGAUAACACGACUGCACUAUUUUCUCGACAACGGCUUUCUUCAAGGCGUCAUCGAUGAUCGUGGAAAGUUUAUCUGCAUCACUGAUGACGAGUUAAAUGCAGAUCAGCAUCGUAUUGACUCUGCUGAAGGUAUCCCGACCCUAGCGAUGGUUUAUACCAUGUUGUUCAAUGACAACUGUGCGUUCCUCUAUACCGUCAUCGAUAAUGAUGUCGUCGCCAAGCUGACCACCACUGCUUAUUGGGUUGGCUCCACUUGUCAUACUAAGUGGAGGAGACUGAUUCGGCAAAGAAGCGCUCUGUUGUGA